AUGCCUUUUCCUUAUAAAAAGGAAAUCACCGGUGACGAGCUGGUCGCCGAGUAUGCCCCCAUCAUCAAGAACAAGACCAUCCUCACCACGGGCGUCUCUCCAAACAGUCUCGGCGCGCGCUACGUCGAGACUCUCGCCGCCGCACAGCCCAAGCUGCUCAUCCUCGCCGGCCGCGACCUGGCCAAGGUGAACCAGACCGCCGAAGCCAUCAGCAAGGCACACCCGGACGUGCAGACCAAAGUGCUGCAGCUGGACCUCGGCUCGUUUGCUUCCGCGCGAAAGGCCGCCGCCGAGGUCAACUCUUGGGACGACGUGCCGGCGAUCGACGUGCUGAUGAAUAACGCGGGCAUCAUGGCUACGCCGUACAAGAUUUGCGAGGAUGGAUAUGAGAGCCAGUUGACGUGUAACCAUCUGAGCCACUUUCUCUUUACAAACUUGAUCCUGGACAAGGUUCUUGCGAGUGAACUCAAGCGGAUUGUCAACGUGAGCAGCGGCGCACAUUGGUUUAGCGGUAUUCGCUAUGCGGAUUUGAACUAUGAUGGCGGAAAGACUUAUGAGAAGUGGAACGCAUAUGGCCAGUCCAAGUCGGCCAACGUGCUCUUUUCCAUUGGCCUGGCCAAGCGAUUCGGUGACCGUGGCGUCUUGUCGUAUAGCUUGAACCCGGGUGCCAUCAUUACCAACCUCGGGGCUCAUUUGGACUUUGCACCGGGAGGCGAUUUGGAAGCCUUGGAGCGAGUUUCUAAACUGACUGGAUCGCCGUUUGGUUGGGAGGAAAAGGAGAUGCUUACACCGGAACGGGGGAUUGCUACUCAUAUCUUUGCUUCUUUUGAUCCUGUUCUCAAAGAGCACAACGGCGCAUAUCUGCUGGAAAAGGCUCGCGUGGCCGAUUACUACGUCGACUCAGUUCACCCCCAUGCCAUUAGCGAUAUCGAGGCCAACAAGCUGUGGGACUUGAGUGUCAAGGCAGUUGGGCUGUAA